AUGCUCACGCGGGUGAAAUCCGCCGUGGCCAAUUUCAUGGGCGGCAUCAUGGCUGGCGGCUCGGGCUCCGAGCACGGCGGCGGCGGCGGCGGGGGCUCGGACCUGCCGCUGCGCUUCCCCUACGGGCGGCCGGAGUUCCUCGGGCUGUCUCAGGACGAGGUGGAGUGCAGCGCCGACCACAUCGCCCGCCCCAUCCUCAUCCUCAAGGAGACCCGGCGGCUGCCCUGGGCCACCGGCUACGCAGAGGUUAUCAAUGCCGGCAAGAGCACACACAAUGAAGACCAGGCCAGCUGUGAGGUGCUCACUGUAAAGAAGAAAGCCGGGGCCGUUACUUCAACCCCAAACAGGAACUCCAAGAGACGGUCCUCCCUUCCCAAUGGGGAAGGGCUACAGCUAAAGGAGAACGCGGAAGCCGAGGGUGUCUCCUGCCACUACUGGUCGCUGUUCGAUGGUCAUGCAGGGUCUGGGGCCGCCGUGGUGGCAUCGCGUCUGCUACAGCACCACGUCACGGAGCAGCUGCAGGACAUCGUGGAGAUCCUGAAGAACUCGGCCGUCCUGCCCCCCACCUGCCUGGGCGAGGAGCCGGAGAAUACGCCGGCCAACAGCCGGACACUGACGCGCGCUGCCUCCCUGCGCGGUGGGGUGGGAGCCCCGGGCUCGCCUAGCACCCCACCCACGCGGUUCUUCACCGAGAAGAAGAUCCCGCACGAGGGCCUGGUCAUCGGGGCCCUGGAGAGCGCCUUCAAGGAGAUGGACCUACAAAUAGAACGAGAGAGGAGUUCCUAUAACAUAUCUGGCGGCUGCACAGCCCUGAUUGUGGUUUGCCUUUUGGGGAAGCUGUACGUGGCAAAUGCUGGGGACAGCAGGGCCAUCAUUAUCAGGAACGGAGAAAUCAUCCCCAUGUCUUCAGAAUUCACCCCGGAGACCGAGCGCCAGAGACUUCAGUACCUGGCAUUCAUGCAGCCUCACUUGCUAGGAAAUGAAUUCACACAUUUGGAGUUUCCAAGGAGAGUACAGAGGAAGGAGCUUGGAAAGAAGAUGCUGUACAGAGACUUCAACAUGACAGGCUGGGCUUACAAAACCAUUGAGGAUGAUGACUUGAAGUUUCCCCUUAUAUAUGGCGAAGGCAAGAAGGCCCGGGUUAUGGCAACUAUCGGCGUGACCAGGGGACUCGGGGACCAUGACCUGAAAGUGCAUGACUCCAACAUCUACAUAAAACCAUUCCUGUCUUCAGCUCCAGAGGUAAGAGUCUAUGACCUCUCCAAAUAUGAGCACGGAGCCGACGAUGUGCUGAUCUUGGCCACCGAUGGACUGUGGGAUGUUUUAUCAAAUGAAGAAGUAGCAGACGCAGUCACUCAGUUUCUUCCGAACUGUGAUCCAGAUGACCCUCACAGGUACACACUAGCAGCUCAGGACCUGGUGAUGCGAGCCCGCGGCGUCCUAAAAGACAGAGGAUGGCGGAUAUCGAAUGACCGGCUGGGCUCAGGAGAUGACAUUUCUGUCUAUGUCAUUCCUUUGAUACAUGGAAACAAACUGUCAUGAAAGUGACCCAGGGGACUGGAAGGACGGAGGGGAGGAAAACAGGGAUGUCUCUGGGCAGAGGAGACCUGGGAGGCUCCCAGCUCAGUGCAGACGAUGCAGUUUCUUCUCAGUCCGGGGGAGUUUGCUGUCCAGAAGCCUCUGGCUGUGCUUCGAGGUGACCCCUAAGAUUCCAUUUUUUUUUCAGCCACAGGUCUGGACACUGAACAAGAGCAAAAUAGGAAGCCUG